UGGGGGCUCGGCUUUCAAGCAGUGCACGAAAGCAGUUGGGCAGGAGGAGCCUCAGAGGGAGGCAAGCAUGACUCGCGACUCUUACCAGUUUGGUGAUCGGACCCUUCCCUUUACUUUUGGGAGGAAAAAAACAAACCCAAUGAGAAAAAAAUAAUAUAAUAAUAUAUUAAAGCUUUCUUUCUUUGACACUUCUCUCUUUCUCCGCCUAAAUCUAAUAGUCGACCACCAGCAGAAGCGGAGGAGGCCCAGUCUGUCUGUUUUAUUACUCUCUCUCUCUCUCUCUCUCUCUCUCUCUCUCUCUCUGAAAGAAUCAAGCAAGCUUCCCUUUUGCUCCCUCAGUUGCUCUCCCCACAAGCAUCAACUGAUAUGCUGUGAGCUGCGCGCUUUCUACAGCGCCUCUCCUUUUCCGUUGCCAAACCAAAGCCGCCUCCUCCUCCUCCUCCGUUACUCUGAUCCUUCAAUUCAGGGGUGCCUCUGCAAUCUGCAUGUCCUUCUCUGCUUGAUUAUAUGCUUUACCAAUUGUGUGAUCUACUUCCUGAGGUCAUUUGAAGGAGCUGGUUGUCUAAUGAUUGCAGUCAAUGUCUUUCUUUUCAAUUCCGAUUUGAAAGGAUACACAAGGUAUACAUGUAUCGCAUCUGAAGGGACUAUGUGGGCUGCUAAUGGAGCUUACAAUGUUGCCCAGAGUGGGGGAGGGCAAUGAAAUUUUUCAGUUUGCUUGAUAACCCCCAUUACCUCUGAAAUCCGAUGGCCUCAAAAUCUGGUACCAGAGCUUCCUCAAGAAUGCAACAGAAAGCAGCUGGUGGGCAGACGGUAGAAACUAAUGAUCUCAGGCAAUUGCUCCCGGAGCAAUUACCAAAAUCUGUACAAAACUCAUCAAAGCAGGUUGCAGUAGACGCUUCUGAUAAUAAAAGGUCAACAAAUUCUAAUGAACAAGGAUCUGCGGAUUCCUUGAUUAGUAAAUUGAAUUCAAUUUCAUUGUCAAUGUCAUCCAACCUUGAAAAGGCAACAAGGGAAAUAGAUUCUACUGCAAAUGAGACUAGAGGCUCACUUGAAAGUUCUGUUGAUCAAGAAAAGAAGACAUCAGAGUAUGGAAGUGUGAAGGACAGUUCAGUUUCGGCCAAAGUGAGCGAUGGAACAAGCAGCCUUGCCAAGACCAGUGGAAGUGCUAAGAUUAGUGAUCGAGUUGAUUUUGUUGAGAGUGGCAAGAGCAGUAUGUGUAGAGGAAGCACUGGCAGUGAUGUGAGUGAUGAGAGCACCUGUAGCAGCUUUAGUAGCAGCAUCAGCAAACCUCACAAAGCAAAUGACUUGAGAUGGGAAGCUAUUCAAGCUGUCCGAACUAGAGAUGGGGCUCUGGGUCUGGGUCAUUUCAGACUGCUGAAGAGGUUAGGCUGUGGGGAUAUUGGAAGUGUCUAUCUGUCAGAGCUGAGUGGAACAAAAUGUUAUUUUGCAAUGAAAGUUAUGGACAAAGGGUCUCUAGCAAGUCGUAAAAAGCUUCUUCGGGCUCAGACAGAAAGAGAGAUACUGCAAUCUCUGGAUCACCCCUUCCUUCCAACAUUAUAUACCCACUUUGAGACAGACAAGUUUUCAUGCUUGGUAAUAGAGUUCUGUCCUGGAGGAGACUUGCACACUCUCAGGCAGAGGCAGCCAGGGAAGCAUUUUUCUGAGCAGGCAGUAAAAUUCUAUGUUGCUGAGGUCCUGCUAUCUCUGGAAUACCUCCACAUGCUUGGGAUUGUCUACCGUGACCUUAAGCCGGAAAAUGUGCUAGUGAGGGAAGAUGGUCAUAUAAUGCUCUCUGACUUUGAUCUUUCCCUCCGUUGUGCUGUUAGUCCAACUCUUGUCAAAACAUCAUCAAUGGAGUUUGAACCCUUGCGCAAGAACCCUGUGUAUUGUGUCCAGCCAGCUUGCAUUGAGCCACCUUCCUGUAUCCAACCAUCCUGUGUAGCUCCUACAACAUGCUUUGGACCACGUCUGUUUUCUAGCAAGUCCAAGAAGGACAAAAAAUCUAAAAACGAAAUAGGAAACCAAGUUAGACCAUUACCUGAGCUGAUUGCUGAGCCAACUGAUGCCAGGUCUAUGUCAUUUGUUGGAACCCAUGAAUAUUUGGCACCUGAGAUCAUCAAGGGGGAAGGUCAUGGAAGUGCUGUUGAUUGGUGGACUUUUGGAAUCUUUUUAUAUGAGCUGUUGUUUGGUAAAACUCCAUUUAAAGGUUCCGGGAAUCGUGCAACAUUGUUCAAUGUUGUGGGUCAACCUCUCCGGUUUCCAGAAUCACCAGUUGUCAGUUUUGCAGCAAGGGAUCUCAUAAGGGGAUUGCUUGUUAAGGAACCGCAGCACAGAUUGGCAUAUAAACGAGGGGCAACUGAGAUUAAGCAACAUCCCUUCUUUGAAGGUGUAAAUUGGGCAUUGAUACGUUGUGCUACCCCACCGGAUAUCCCAAAGCCUGUUGAGAUUGAGCGGAUACCAGCCCCAACAGCAUCAUCAAGCGAGAAGGAGAAGGCUCCUCCCACCCCCACAAUCGCUUCUCCCGUUCAAAAGGGUUCUGAUAAUUAUCUGGAGUUCGAUUUCUUUUAGCAAUAGUUGUUUAUCGACUGCAAAUGGUUUCUGUUAGCGAGUUGCAACAUUUAUCAUCAAUUCAAUGAGUUUUGUAACAGCUUUUGUUAUGACAAUUAUUUGUAGGGCUCGUUGGGAAGUGCUUUUAAAAUGGUCGAAAAAGUUUUUGGUGAAAUUGAUUUUGGGUUUCAAUAGUAUUUGAAGUGUCAUUUGAAAGAAGCACCAGAUAUGUGGUUUUUGCGGGAAGCAUUUAAGUACUUUUUCUAGAUCCACUUAGAUUUUUAGUUUUCAUAACGUUUUCACCGAAAGCGUUUUUAGUUAUUUUAAAAAGUACCCUCAAAUGAGCCCGUAAUUUACGCUGUAAUUAGUAUAGGGCUGUUACCUUUGUAAUCCCUGUAUAAAUAUCGUUCUACUGUACAUUUUCAUAAUUAAGGAAAAUCCUUUUCUACA